UUCGAGUCGCCGGCCAUGAUGAACGUCUCCGGCGGGAAAGUUGUGCCGGCGCUGAACACGUGGAUGAAGAAAUUCCCCAGCGCCGGGGUCAAUCACCAGCAGCUCGCCGAGCGCGGGGAGCUGACGAUCCCGGACGCGAGCCUGCCCGACCCAGGGCGGCAGCUGCCCGAGUGGGAGCGCCGGGGCACCGAUCCGCGCAACGUGCGCGACUUCAAACCGACCCUGGUCAUCCUGCACGAUGAGCUGGAGGCGCCGCUGGGGAAGGUCAAGGUCCGCCGCGGGGGUCCGAAUGAGGCCAGCCUGCGCGGCCACAACGGCCUCCAGAACAUCUUCGACGUCCUGCGCUCCAAGAAACACUACCCGGCCAAGUCGGCGACAAGCCCGAGGGUGAUGCGCGUCGGCGUGGGCAUCGGUCGCCCCAAGGAGAGAACGUCCGAGGCCGUCUCGAAAUAUGUCCUGGGCAAGAUGUCCCAGACGGAGUUGGAUGCCAUUGCCGCCGCAGCGGGUCGCGUCAUGGAUCUCCUGGCCGACGAGUUCUACCGGUCGGACGAUGAGCUCAAGUAAAGGAAUUCAUCAUAAACGGAAGGAUGGAAACAAUGGAUUGAGCAAGCAGCGGACAAGCAGAUAGAUUUUCAUGCUGGGGGAGUCAUGGCCCAGCCGUAUAUUAUACAGA